GUCACCUUGAUGGAGAGGCAAAAUCGCACAGCGGUGACUGAAUUCAUCCUGAUGGGCAUCUCAGAUCGUCCUGAGCUCCAGGCUCCCUUAUUUGCAUUCUUCCUCCUUGUCUACAUAAGUUCAACAGUGGGCAACUUGGGCAUGAUCAUCAUCACCACGAUGGACUCCAGGCUGCAAACCCCAAUGUACUUUUUUCUCAAACACCUGGCUUUCACCGAUCUCGGUUAUUCCACAGCUGUGGGACCCAAAAUGUUGGUCAAUUUUGUCACAGGUCAAAAUAAAAUCUCCUACUAUUCUUGUGCAACACAGAUGGCUUUCUUUUUCCUGUUCAUUGGUAGUGAACUUUUCAUUCUGUCUGCCAUGUCUUAUGACCGCUAUGUGGCCAUCUGUAAGCCGCUGCUUUAUACUGUCAUCAUGUCACAAAGAGUAUGUUGGGUCCUGGUGGCAAUCCCCUAUCUCUACAAUACCUUUCUCUCGCUUCUAGUCACUGUAAAGAUAUUCAAUUUAUCCUUCUGUGGCUACAAUGUCAUCCACCACUUUUUUUGUGACAGCAGUCCUUUACUAUCUUUGCUUUGCUCAGAUACACAUGAAAUCGAAUGGAUCAUUAUGAUCUUUGCAGCCUUUGAUUUGCUUUCUUCUCUUCUGCUUGUCCUUGUGUCCUACCUGCUCAUCCUCAUACUCAUUCUCAAGAUGAACACAGCUGAGGGCAGACACAAGGCUUUCUCCACCUGUGGGUCUCACUUGACAGUGGUUGUAGUCUUCUAUGGGACUUUGACAUCUAUGUAUGUACAGCCCAAGUCCACUCAUUCUUUUGACACAAAUAAAUUAUCUUCCAUAUUUUAUACCCUGAUUAUCCCUAUGUUGAAUCCCUUGAUCUAUAGCUUAAGAAACAAAGACGUAAAAUGGGCUGUUUUUAGGAUGUGGAAAAAAAUGUGCAGUAUCUUUUCUUAA